AUGGCUUCCAAAGCUUUGCUAUCAGAAGAGGAUUUCUCCUGUCCUGUGUGCCGUGACAUCUUCAAGGAUCCUGUUCUCCUGUCCUGUAGUCACAGUAUGUGUAAAGACUGUCUGCAGCAGUUCUGGAAAAACAAUGAUUCCAAGGAGUGUCCAGUUUGUAAGAGAAGAUCCUCUAGAGACCUGCCUCCACCUAACAUGGCUUUAAAGAACCUGUGUGAGACUUUCUUACAGAAAAGAUCUGAGGAAUCUUCAGUGGAAUCAGUGGAGACCUGCAGUCUCCACAGUGAGAAACUCAAACUCUUCUGUCUGGAGGAUAAACAGCUUGUGUGUGAGGCGUGUCAGACCUCAGAUAAACACAUAAAUCACAAAUUCUGUUCCAUUAAUGAAGCAGCUUGUGAAUACAGGGAGGACCUUCUGACUGCAUUGAAGCCCUUACAGGAGAAACUGAAGAACUUUAAAGACAUGAAACAAAACUGGACUAAAACAACGGACCACAUUAAGAACCAGACUGCACACACAGAGUGGCAGAUUAAGGAGGAGUUUAAGAGGCUUCACCGGUUUCUACGAGAUGAAGAGACAGCCAGGAUAACUGCACUGAGAGAGGAAGAGGAGCAGAAGAGUCAGAUGAUGAAGGAGAAGAUUGCGGAGAUAAACAGUGAAAUAUCAUCUCUCUCACAGACGGUCAGAGCCAUAGAAAAUGUGAUAAGAACUGAUGACACAUCACUCCUAAAGGACUUCAAGACCACAAUCAAAAGAGCCCAGUGCACAUUGCAGGAUCCACAGAUGCUUUCAGGAGCACUGAUCAAUGUGGCAAAGCACCUGGGCAACCUGAAGUUCAGAGUGUGGGAGAAGAUGCAGGACAUUGUUCAGUACACUCCUGUGAUUCUGGACCCCAACACUGCAAAACCAUAUCUUAUCUUCUCUGAGGAUCUGACCAGUGUGAGAUUCAGUGAUGACUAUCAGCAGCUUCCUGAUAAUCUAGAGAGAUUUGAUGGAUUUGUAUGUGUUCUGGGCUCUGAGAGUUUUAACUCAGGGACACACUGCUGGGAUGUUGAUGUUGGGGACAAUAUAGACUGGUGCCUGGGUGUGACCACAGAGUCAAACCAGAGGAAGGGAUAUACCUUUUUUAACACUGGUGUCUGGAGUAUGUGGUUAUAUGAUGGUAAAUACUGGUCAAAGGCCUCAGGAGGGUCAGAUAGUCAACUGACAGUGAAUAGUAAACUCCAGAGGAUCAGAGUGGAACUGGACUGGGACACAGGAAAACUCUCAUUCUCUGACCCUCUAAAUAACACACACCUACACACCUUCACACACACUUUUGCGGAGAAAAUGUUUCCAUUCUUCUCUUGUAAAUGUAAACUCUCGCCUCUGAGGAUCUUACCAGUGAAGUUUUGUGUCACAGUGGAACUCCUAAGAUCUAAUAGGUCCCCCCCCGAUUCUGAUGACAGCAGUGACAUCACCGAUUCUGAAGAUGCCCAGUCUGAUCAUAGCAGCAGUCCCAUCCUGCAACAAUCAUUAAGACAGAAGGAGUUCAGUAAGCCUGCACCACAACAGUUUCCCUCUCAGUCAGACACCAAGUCCAGCUCCUCAAUGAGGCAACAAGCUUGUACUGACAGGUCUAAUAUACUUACCAGUAACGACCUAAACCCACCUGAGAUACAGUGCAUCGUGGUUGAGCAUGUCAUCAAAAAUGAUGGUUUCACAACACGUUCAAAAUGGCUGGGCUCCUUCUCUGGUAAAUUGCCCAAGCCUCCAGGUGACGCUGAUUUCGAUACAUGGUGCACUCAUGUUGAUCUUUUGUUUCAAGAUUGUAUUCCCUUAGAUGUGCAGCAGAGAAAAAUCUUGGAGAGUCUGUUGCUACCUGCCUCAGAUGUGGUGAAGCAGCUUGGGUCUGCAGCUCAUCCCAGAGACUAUGUAAAGCUACUUGAAUCAGCUUAUGGGUUGGUUGAAGAUGGUGAUGAAAUCUUUGCCAGGUUCUUAAACACGCACCAAAACCCAGGUGAGAAAGCCUCUGACUAUUUACAGAGACUGCAGACGCUCCUUAGCACCGCUGUCAGGAGGAACGGAAUAAAGCAGAAGUCUUCCAAUCGCCAGCUACUGAAGCAGGUUCAACGUGGCUGCUGGGAUCACUCCCUCAUACUUACACUGCAGCUUGACUUGAGGACAAGGACACCUCCUGAUUUUGCAGAGCUGUUGUUGCAACUAAGGGCUGAGGAAGACAGGAGAGCAACAAAACUUGAGCGAAUGCAUCGCCAUGCAGUUGGACAAUCCUCUGCUGGCAUAAGCAACAACCCUCACCUGACCAUCCUGCUCUUGAUACAGGGCUGCACUGAGACCAUGGAGGCUAGCGUCUGUAUGCAAAAUGUAGGGCAACCGAGGAUUGGCGAACCCUAA